ACAUGAAAGUGUUCGUUAUAUUCGCCUUGGCGCUUGCCGCCGUCUCUGCGGAGGUAUUGGAGCAAGAAUACCCCAAGGACUUCCCCAAGUCCACUAAGAUCCAAGGACGCAUUACCAAUGGCUAUCCAGCCUACGAGGGUAAGGCCCCCUACACCGUCGGUCUGAGCUUCAACAAUGCCUGGUGGUGCGGUGGUUCCAUCAUUGCUCACGACUGGGUGCUGACUGCUGCUCAUUGCACCAACGGUGCCGGCUCUGUGACCAUCUUCUACGGUGCCACCUGGCGUACCAACGCCCAGUUCACCCACUCGGUUGGCAGCGGUAACUUCAUCCAGAACCACAACUGGCCAAAUGUGAAUGGCAACGAUAUCGCUUUGAUCCGCACUCCCCAUGUCGACUUCUGGAGCAUGGUCAACAAGGUUGAGCUGCCCAGCUACAACGAUCGCUACAACAUGUAUGAUAACUGGUGGGCUGUUGCCUGCGGCUGGGGUGGCACCUAUGAUGGCUCUCCUCUGCCCGAUUGGUUGCAGUGCGUCGAUCUGCAGAUCAUUAGCAACAGCCGAUGCUCUCAGACCUAUGGCAGCCUUCCCGAUGGUAUUCUCUGCGUUGCCACUCCCGAUGGCAAGUCCACUUGCUCUGGCGACUCUGGUGGCCCAUUGGUGCUCCACGACGGCGCCAAACUUGUUGGUGUUACCUCCUUCGGCAGCAGUGCAGGUUGCCAAUCUGGCGCUCCUGCUGGUUUCACUCGUGUCACCGCUCAUCUGGAUUGGAUUCGCGACAACUCUGGUGUUGCUUACUAUUAAACAUUCUAUCAAAAAUAAAUAAACGACAU